GUGUACUUUAUUAAUAUCCUAACUCUCCUAAUCCCAAUCUUAAUCGCCAUAGCCUUUCUCACCCUAGUAGAACGGAAAAUCCUAGGCUAUAUACAACUACGCAAAGGUCCUAACAUUGUAGGCCCAUAUGGUAUUUUACAACCAUUCGCAGACGCCAUAAAACUAUUUAUGAAAGAACCCAUACGCCCCCUAACCACCUCCAUAUCAUUAUUCAUUAUUGCACCAACCCUCUCCCUCACCCUAGCCCUGAGUCUAUGGGUCCCCCUACCAAUACCGCACCCUCUCAUUAACCUCAACCUAAGCAUACUAUUUAUUCUAGCCACAUCAAGCCUUUCAGUCUAUUCCAUUUUAUGAUCAGGAUGAGCAUCAAAUUCGAAGUACUCCCUAUUUGGAGCCCUACGAGCUGUUGCCCAAACCAUCUCCUACGAAGUAACAAUAGCCAUCAUCCUCUUAUCUGUCCUAUUAAUAAGCGGCUCAUUUUCCCUGCAAAUACUUAUUACUACACAAGAACAUAUCUGAUUGCUAAUCCCUGCCUGACCAAUAGCCAUAAUAUGAUACAUCUCAACCCUAGCAGAGACAAACCGAGCCCCAUUCGACCUGACAGAAGGAGAAUCAGAACUAGUCUCAGGCUUCAACGUUGAAUACGCCGCAGGACCCUUCGCCCUAUUCUUCAUAGCCGAAUACACCAACAUUAUUCUAAUGAACGCCCUAACAUCAAUUGUAUUUCUAGGACCCUUAUACUACAUCAACCAUCCUGAACUAUACUCAAUCAACUUCAUAACAGAAACGCUACUCCUAUCAACAGCCUUUCUAUGAGUGCGAGCAUCCUACCCUCGCUUCCGAUACGAUCAACUAAUACACCUCCUAUGAAAAAAUUUCCUCCCACUAACACUAGCAUUAUGUAUAUGAUACAUUUCCCUACCAAUCUCCCUGGCGGGAAUCCCGCCCCACACAU